AAUUGUUUUAUUAAUAAAAAGCACGAACAUGAAGUAUUGUAGCGUAAACUGUGUGUGAUUUUAUCACAUGGCUUUUGGUAAAUUAGCCCAAAAUUUAUUUCAAGAAGUUUGCUUACACGGCAUCGACGGCACUGCAUACAGUAGUGCACAUGAAGUUCAACAGGAAUAUACGUUGAUUCUGAACUGAAGGCUCGAAGUUGUUCGAAUCUUCGAUCAUAUUUUUUCCGUGCAAGUUUAUUAUGUUUGAGCCAGAAUUUACACCCAAAACAAUUUUUUAUUUGAAGGGUAUUCCGUAAUAAAUGUGUUUGUGAAAUGACUUAAUAUUAGUACAACCAUUUGUGACCAAUGAUUUUCCGUUUCGGAAAAGUGCAAAUUCCGUUUCCGUUUCCGACAUAAAAAUUCAGUUUCAACUUUACACGUUAAAAAACUCUCUAUUAACCAACGGCCGAUUCAGUUCCGGAGUUGGCAAUUUUCAAAAUUUUACGGAUCCAAUGUUAUAGAGAUAAGCAGUAAAAACAAGUUAGAAACAUGCAACAGCCGUUGCGUUAUCAUUGCACCAAGACAGAAACAGAACGUCAGCCAUUUUGUUUUCACUUUGGCGACAAAAUGUUGAAAGUUUAUGGUUGAUUUGUGACCUUUAUGAGUGAACAAUCAAUGUGUGAGUUCAUAUAGAGCAGGGAUAAUGGAGUUGACAAUGAAUCGUUCCUCCUUCUUGAUCCUGAAACAAUCAAAGAGCUGAUACCAAAAGUAGGACCAAGGAUGAAAUUUCUAAAGAAAUACAGAGAUUACACAGCCAAGCCCAAUGCAGUUGACGAAUUGCAAAUGGAGAAUGAAGCAGUUGCCAUUGUAGAAAUUGAAGCCAACGGUGCAGCCGAGGAAGAGAAUGACGUAAAUGAUGCAGAUGAGAUUGUGCAGAUUGUGCAGAAGAAGAAAUUGGAUGAAGAAGACAAAAGCCAUGAGAGUACACCAAAGAGAGCAAAAUAUCUAUUUGAUAUUGAAGGCAUUCUUCUGAACAGCAAACAAGGUAACCUCGUGGAAAGGAUGAAAAAGGAUAGGAUGCUUCUACCAACAAAUCGGAGAACAUUAGUGCAGACUCUAGUCAGCCAUAUGAUAGAGAAACAUGGUUUUAAUCCACCAGCUUGCAUCAAAGAAACCUUGGCCAGCAGCCUUGUUGAGGAGUACGCCUUUCUUAAAGACACAGAAGGCAUAACAGGAUACGAGCAGUGGUUUGUGAAAGGCAGAAAAAAUUAUCCUGCCGGUGGCAGCCUCAAAGACCGAUUACGGUAUGUCAGGAUGAAACAUUUCAAGCACAUGAGAGAGACCACCGGGACCACUUCUGGGACAACUAGUGAAAAGAAGAAUCUUAGCAAGACACCUGUGAAAAGGAAGGAACUAACAACCCUGGUUGAACUGACCGAGUCACAAGUUAAAGAAGCAAUAACAUGGAUGAAACAUAAUGAAGAACCAAAGGCAAUGUUAUUUGAGUACAUGGCCAACACCUGUAAACAACGUUACAACUGGAUCAAGACAGAUAGCCCAACUACAGCAGAGAUCCUGGAGGUGUAUCCUCGGCUGUUAGAUCCAGGAAUUGUUGAGCAAGAUUUCCGACUGGCGAUCUCUGAAGAGACUAACCAGCUUUAUGCUAAGUGGCCUUCUUUUUCCAAACAAGUGUACAAGUACAACUCGAAGGUACUCGGGAUCAAUUGGGAAAAGCAGUUGGAUGUAGGAGAGAUCGAUUUUGGCAACUUGACAGAAGAGGAGUGUCAAGAACUGGCUUUCUCAGUUUUGCCAUUACUUUUUGUGGGGAGGAGCAAAGGCAUGAAAGGGAGAUGUACCCCUGCAGAAUCCCUGCGAUCGUUCAUCGAUAUGAAACCAGAAGGUACUGACAUCCAAAACUACAUGGCGAGCAUUCCGGCAAAGGAACGCCCACAGCCCUUCAUUCUUCUUCUUGGUGGAAGCAGGUUCAGCCCUCAACAAGUCUUCAUGGUAGUGGAGAGAAGGGCUGUUUUAUGUUCAUCAAUUCUUCAAGCAGUAGACAUAUGCAUGAAAAUUAUCUAUGUACUCGAUUUGGAUUACCAGCCACACUGCAGUGCAGUGUGGCACAUGCUACAACACAUGGUGUAUAUGUUGCCACCAGGUUCCCUGGCAGGUGUCUCAUUGAUAACUUUCCGAACUUGGCUGAGACAUUUGCCAGAGGCCUAGGUAGGAAUCUAUUUUCAGAUAGGUUAUACACACAGCAUAAAUAAAGAAAAUUCCGAAACAAAAAUAUAUGUAAUGGCAAAGAAAUUAUAAUAAUAAUGAAGUACAUGCAUAG